GCAGCCUUACACACUUACUGCACCUUCUAACACCGUGACCCGUUGCGCGCUCGCCUAUGCGGGACCAGCGCCCUGCUCUUCCUCUCUACGAGUCCAAGCCUCCGGCCUGGCUUCCCAAAGCUCACGAAUCGGGGGACUUGGGUCAGCAUCCCGGGCUUACCGCUGCGUCACCACUGAUCGGGCUCUUAGGGUACACGGGAUUCUACCCACCCCGACCAGGCAAAGAUGAAGACGUGUUGACCGCAGAGAACGUCAGAAAUGGAUACACACUCCCUCCGCCCGUCACGGUCGACCGAUUCAGCGCGAAGGAGGUUGUUCAUGAGGGGAUCCGCACUGUCUCUGCACUGUCGAAGUUGGAGGAGCUCAUGAACGAGUUGUUUUCCCGCAGGGCGAGCUGUCUGCCGCCAAUUCCACAGUCCACAUUCCGCAUGCCGUCGCGCGUCUUUCUCAACGACAGCAAACGCAAUCAGUGGAUAAGUGACUUGGGGAACAAUAACUUCCCACUCCAUAAACUGGGCAAGAGCGUCCCAGGAGGUGUCAAGCCGCCUGAGCUGUUUGAUCUCUUGCAGAGAAACCACGUCGCGACACACAGAGCCAUUUGGUUUCUGCGAGUGCUCGGUACGGCAGAAACGGCAGGUCUCCGCAACAAGCCAUCAUACGAUCCGACCCAGUACAGCAUCGAAUGGACCAACGUCAUGACUGGGCAUUUGAAGAAGCAGCUCACGGAGAUCGCUCUGCCCAGCGCACCCCGGCCAGGUCUGAACAUAAAGCAAACAUUCAAAGGGGUGCUUGCUGAGCAAGAGGGACGGGACAAAUGGAUCGGCCGUUUCGUAUACACGAUCGAUCUUCUGCGGCCCUCGUACUCGGAAGGUCUGCUAGACAGUCGGACUUUCUUGGUCUGGCUUGUGCAGCAAAUGAGCGUGUCGAAUCUGGCGCAGAUCGCUUUUCUCGUGAGACUGACGGACGAAUAUCUGGAUGCGAUCCUGAAGAACCGGGCUCUGGCCCGGCCUCUGAUCGACGCUUGUCUCGCAAAGUUGAACGAGAUCCACGUGAGCUCGAUGCACGAUUUUCUGGGAAACACCGAGGUUCUGCUCAAGAUCGUACUGCAGCGGCUUUGCCUGUCGCUGCCUGAUGCCUUUGUGAGCCCUUCAAUGUGGCUGACGCACAGCCAGCUCCUGUCGGAUGUUCUGUGUGAGGACGUGAUGGACUAUCACACCGAAGCCCAUGCGAUACAGAAUUCGCAGCAAAUCUUCCAACUUCUGCAAGAGAAUUUGGAGGAUAUCAAACGGAGGAACGAGGCCAUGCUCUUUAUCAAUCUUCCCUCCAAUGUCUCUGCGCGAUUGAGGACCGUCGUUUCGGAUGUUCAGCUCCUCAACUCGAUAUCGAGCAAGACGGAUAUGGACGCAGUUGCGUACUUCUCGACGGAUCUCACAGACGACGCUGCUUUCGUCGAGAAGCUACAAAUGCUGCUGACGUGGAGUGUGACUCCACUGCAGUUUGGGGACCACCGGCCGUUUGCCGCUGUGACCAUUAUCCGCAACUGGAGGAAUAAAAUCGGAGACCGGGCUACGAGACGCGACUUUGCCGGCCCCGAUGAGCUGAUCCAAGACCAGUUGUUUGACUGGCUAGACGCGUCAGAUGUGGCACGUGAUGCGCAGAACCUGGGUCCGAUCGUCAAUCUCUACGGCAAGCUCGUGAAAGAGGACGUCUUUUCUUACGCGAACUACGUCCAGCGUCUUGUUGCUCGUGGUGAGCCGGGACUGUUGUUGACGGACGUUGAAGGCACACGACACCGUGAUUUCCUUCGCUGUAUCCCGAUCCAUCACUCCACUUCGUCUCUGACUUCCCAGCGCAAAGUUAUUCUGUACGGACCGCGCGUGAGAGAGACGCCCGAAGACGUGCAUGAACGUCAAAUACGCAAAGAGAUCAGGGCGCUGUUGCCAGAUCUGUUCAAUAAUGACAUGCCGCCGAAUUUCCCUAUCACUGUGUCGGACUUGCUUCUGCAGUGCCCGAGCUUGCUGUUGGCGCCCCGGUUCGAACAAUCGCGAGUGUUUCGUCAGUGGCUGCUGAGCAUCGUGCAAAGACGCUUGGUCGAAGUGUCCCAGAAUCAUCAACGAACGACGCAACCGGCACUGGUCAACUGGUUUUCCGUUUGCAUCGAGCUUAUGACUCGGACCAAGUGCUUUCAUUCGGCACUCGAGCUCAUCAUCUGUGCACUGGAACACGCGGCAACGGCUGAUCUGCUCACUGCCGUGAUCGACACGCUGCGCCAGUUCAUUUGCAUCUGGAAUUGUAUGAAUGCAUCUCCGAGGAUCGUCGACGCUUUGUAUUCGGCACAUCAGCGCUGGAAGAAAGCAGGCAGUGGAGAGUUCCGGGCGCUGUUGAAUCUGCUGCUGGAGAUGGACAACGACCGCUAUCUCGAUCAAGAAGCCCGCGAUAGCAUCAUAGCCGACUUUGGGUCUCUCACUCAGGCACUCCGGCCGUUCUCAGAUCCACGGGAUGGCGACUGCGUUCCAGACGUCCUUCCUGACAUCCUGCUUCUCGUCAACGACGCUGCCGAAAACUCUGCGGCUGAUCUGGCCAGCAAUCUCUGGAUGAAAUACCGCACGUCGACGCACUGGGCUUGGAAAGUCUGGGAUAACACCGUGGCCUGCAUCCGACAAAUCCCGCUCAUCGUCGGCGACCCGGACAAGCGGCGCGAGUGCGCCGUCAGAUAUGGCCACUUCCUCACUCACGUAGACCAGCACGUGCCGAAGGGACUCGAUGACCAAGUCCUCCAAUGGCUACUGGGACCCGGCAAGAACGAAAUUCCGACGUUCGACGAAGACACCUGGGAUAUCCUCAAUGUCGUGUUCCUGCACCUGUCUGUCCACGGUGCGCUGCAGACGACCACCAUCCUACGAGGACUGGUGUACCCGUCCUGGCAGCUGGCAGCUUCUGCAGCCACCGCCGAGGAAGGAUUGAAUCGACAAGUGCUCUUGCGUUCCGUCAAUUCUCUUUUCCAACAGCUCCUCCUGCAGGAGGAAAAUCCCGGCCAGCUGGACAUUCUCGACUUCCAGCGGAUACAGACCAGGCGCCAGGCGGUGUACCAAGAGCCUUACUUCCUGGAAUUGGUCGCGAGCAUCCCUUUGUUCGUCGCGUUGGAGAAUAACAUCAACCUGCAUCGGAGCCUGAAGAAGGACGUCGAGUCGCUGAGGCUCGCGUUGUCCAGGCACGAGGCCUUCCGGCAGGGGGCUUUCCGCAAUCUCGAUGCCAUCAGGGAACAGUUCGAGCAAUCCCUGGCCGACGGGCAAAACGAUGAACACCGGGCCAAGUCGGUUAUGAGUGCAUUGAGGGUGCUGCUCUCGGAUUCGAUGGACGCCGAUACAGCGGAGCUGUCGAGCUGGCCGGACGUCACCAGCAUGCUCAGUCCGUGGAAGCUGGCUGCUACGUCGAUCCAACUCCAGUUUCUUCUCAGGCAGAUGGGCCGAGCUCUCUCGUGCGAGGGAACGCGAGCCAUCACACAGGCGAAUCUCGACAAGCUUAUUUUGGUGAUCUUCCACCAUCAGAUGUCUUCUGAGGAGGCCUAUUUUGUAGCCCAGAUGGCUAGAGGCACCGAAGGUGCUGUCGCUGCGAAGUUCAUCAAUAACGGACUGAAGACGGUCACCGGGCUGUUGCAAGACCCGACCACAAAAUCACUUAGCGAGAGUUUCGAGCGGGCCGGAGAACUACUGCGCGUUAUCGCCUACGUCGCAGAGCCGCUCCGGUCACCGGGCGCUCAGCUUCCCGCGCUCGACGCCACAAUCCAGGGAAACUUCUUCCAGGUCUUGCACGAUAAGUUUGCCGAAAUCGAACGCUGUCUCAGCCAGGAUGAAGACAGCCCCGAGCUGACGCAGGUGGCCAUUUCUCUUUCGCGCUUCCUGCAGUUUCAUCUUGGUUUCCACUUCUCCUGGACGCCAAAGAUCAAGGAGCUGAGUGUCGGGCUUUCCGGGACAAUCCUCAAAUUGGUGAUACUCCACGGAAGUGGUCCACUGCUCGAUUUGGGAGCAUACUCUCUGCUCAUUGACACGCUCUACUACCUGCUUGAUGAACUUGCUCAGAACGCGAAGCCAUCCGACGCGUUCGAUCCCUUCUGCUACUCGCCACACGUUCUGCCCUCGGAUAUCCCGCCCGACUUCCCGCGGCAGUACAGAAACCAGAUCCAGGCUCUGCUGCGACACCUAGCGCCGACGGCGAUUGUAUCCCAUCUUGCCACGGCAUAUCCCGAUGCGUCGGGUGCACUGGUGCCCGACGCGCCGGUGAUGAACCGGCCGUGGGAGUGGACCGAGCACAUCGGCGAGCCCCCCGCCGAGGACGAGGGCCACCCCGCAGUGAAGAACUCGGGCUCGCUGUCGCUCGAGUUCUUCGGCGCCCACAUCACCGGAGACCGCAUCACGACCGAGCACGAUCCGAGGAUCCAGGCGAAUCUGCGCACGUUCGAGGACAGCUUGUCCGUCGACAGCGUCUUCAUGCGCGACUUCCGAGAGUCGCGCGUCGAGCCUGAUCCGGCUCCUAUCACCCGCCCCAAGGCAGCCGACGGCCUGGCUGGGAUGAUCCCAGCUGCUGCUGCUGCCGCGAGUGGCUCCAAGAUCCCGAAUCCGUCCGCAAGGCGGGUGUCGCCGGCACUGUCGGUCGUGUCCCGCUCGUCGGCCGCGCAUGCGUCUGUCCGACCCAGUCCCGGCCAAUCCUCGCUGUCGAUGUCCACCAUGGGCGACGCCGAGAGCUCGUCGCGGUCGUCGUCCCGUCGUCCGAGCCUGAAGAGGAAGGCCAGCGAGGAUGCCCAGCUCUCUGCAUCCGCGAAACGCGCCAAGCCGAAGCUGCCCGUUCCCAAGCCGAAAGCAAAGAAACGGUGAUUGUUUCUCGUAUAUAGGUGGUCUGUAUUUAUACCAUACAAUGUAUCAUAAUUAUGUAUGUAUGCAAUAAUAAUGUAUUUCAUCACUCCUUGCCAAAGAAAGAGUCGAAGGGACCCUUGGAGGCCACCGCACGGCCUUUGCCUCGACGGCGGGCCUCCUUGGGGUCCGACUGCCCGAUAGCAGCAGCUAGUGUGUGAAUGAGCGCUUUCAGCGCAAAGUCUUCCGUCGGCUUCGACUUCAUGGCCUUUCGACAACUCGGGCAUGUGUAUUGGGGCUGAGAAGUCUGGUGGUGCUGGGCAACCAUCGCAGCUACGACGGGGUUUCUCGGGUCGUACACGAAGGCUGGUGGCAGGUUAGGGACGCCAGGACGCUCGUGCGGAUGCGUGUUCAUGUGUUGCGCGAGGCAGGUACCUGAACACAGAUGUCAAAGCCAACCCGGCGACGCGUCUGUCGGACUCACUCAGCCACUCCACUAAACAAUCGAGGCAGAAAGUGUGACCGCAGCCGUUCAAACUGGAGGCUGAUUAGUAUACGACAUGCGCGAGGUGCAAGGCAGUCCAUACAUAUAUGGCUUCCACAUCGUUGUUGAACAGAUCUGGGGACUGGGUGAGAACUGCACCGUGUGCGAUCAGAAAGCGGACCCACUUCGCAACAGAUGUGAUCGUCAAGAUUGAUUGCGUCCUAAAUGACGGACUCAAAGUGAGGAUGCACUAUACAGGACGGCGAGAAUGACGCACCAAGAUGAUCUUUCCCGGCCGCUUCAGCUGAGCAAUCUCUUUCCGCGCAUCCUCGAGCUCGCUCUGCACCCGCUCCAGCUUCGCGCACUUGCUCUUCAGAGCACAUAUUUCCUGCUGCAGCUGCGAGCGUUGGUCCGGAUUAUUUCGGCCGAUUUUUCGUGGUCGCGUGUCUUCCUCGUCCGAGGAGAUCUCGAUGACCUCGUCGCGGACAGUGGCGGGGCGUCUCGGCUUCUUGGCAGGAACGGCGGGAGGGGGCGUACUCGAGAUGAUGACAGGGACGUCGUCUUGGCUGCUCCGCGUCGCGCCCGAGGAGCGUUUGCGUUUCGAGGACGUACGCGGGCUCAUGAAAGCAGAUGGUGGUGGUCAAGAAAGAAA